UUUUAUGGAUCCCUUAUCAUAUUACUCUGCUCCAUAGCAGGGCUGCAAUUCAAAGAUGGUGAGUUCUGGGACUGGGGUGGGAGUGGUGGAGGAGUUCAAUACAAAUUAUCAAGAACCAAGUAAGAAAUUGACUUAAAAUGUAAAAAAAAAAAAAUGUUAGGCGGUUGUUCUUAUGUUUACUUCCCGCACGUUCUCGGGAGCGUAGGAACCGGCUGGCGGGAGUGGACGUGUACCCCCCCAAUAUUUAAUUUGGCUUCAUUCACCCCCUCCCCAUAAACAUACCCUUGCAUUUAAAAUGUGUCCCCCAGCCGGCAAAAUCAAACACUAGUAUAUGUGCUAACCCGUCGCCUGGCACAUCUGCCUCGCACGUGUACGCGCAGCUCCAGCUGUGCUCCAGCUGCUUGACGGUGAGAAGGUUGUGGCCUCUGCCCGGUAAUCUGUCUGUUCGGCUCCCUUUUAAACAGACUAAGUGGGUGGUGCUUAUUAGUCCCAAAUAAAGUACGACGUUUAGUUCUUAAGAUGAAUCCGCUUUUUCAUCUCCAACUUAAUAAUGAGACUUUGAACCGCACAGGGAAUAACUGGCCAGACAUCUGCCCCCUGCUCAUUAAUCCGGAGACGACAAAGACGCGUUGCGUGCUCUGCUUUUGCAAGUGGGUGAACGGAUAACUUAAUUCCUAUCUAACUGCCAUUUAGCAAUCUGCAGUUUUAUGCAUUAUUGAUUUUUGACCUAAAUACAAUAAGAAUCUCCGACGUCUAAUUAAUGCUUAACCGAAACGCUGAAACUGAAAACACAGUGAAGCGUUUGUACGCGUGACAGAGAGUCGCUGAGAAAUGUCGCACCUUACAAGCUUCCAUGUAAACACUCCUCUGCUGGAAAGCCUGGACCUCUCAAAGAGGGCUGGAACCCGAGUGUACAUGAAGAUGGAGAACGCCCAGCCAUCCGGCUCUUACAAAAUCCGGGGGAUCGGACAUCUCUGUCAGAAGAUGGCAGGCCCUGGUUCCAGGGGUGUAGUCUGCGCCUCAGGUGGCAAUGCAGGUAUGGCCACAGCAUAUGCGGCCAGAAAACUCCAAACCCCAGCAACCAUCAUUGUCCCGACCUCCACCCCCAAGCUGGUGAUUGAGAAGCUGAGGAGCCAGGAGGCCACAGUAAGGGUGGUAGGCAAGGAGUUUGACGAGGCCAACGCAGAGGCUCGGCGUGUGGCGCAUUCAGAGGGGCUCACCUUUGUUCCACCCUUUGAUCAUCCUCUGCUGUGGGAGGGCCACGCCAGUAUCAUGCAUGAAAUCAAGGACUCGCUGGCUUGUAAGCCUGGGGCUGUGGUUGUGGCCGUGGGGGGAGGAGGACUCCUCUGUGGGGUCAUGGAGGGUCUGAAGCAGGUGGGCUGGGACGGCGUGCCCGUCAUCUGCAUGGAGACGGAGGGUGCCGCCUCUUUGAAUGCGGCGAUCAGGGCGGGGAAGCUAGUCACGCUCCCCGAAAUCAGAAGUGAGGCCAAAACCCUGGGAGCUAAGACAGUAUGCAGUCAGGCCUUUGAGUUCACCAAGCAGGCCCACGUCAUCUCUGAGGUGGUGACGGACCUGGAGGCCCUGCAAGCUCUGGAGCAGUUUCUGGAUGAAGAGCGGGUUCUGGUGGAGCUGUCUUGUGGCGCCGCCCUGGCGGCCAUUUACAGCGGCACGAUCCAGCGGCUGCAGGCGGAGGGCCGUCUGCCCCGCCUGCUAGACCCCAUAGUGAUGGUGGUGUGUGGUGGCAGUGGAAUCAGCAUGAGUUGGCUGCAGAAGCUGUCUGACAAGCUAAGGGGCUGAGCCUGGGGAGCAGUGCAUCAUGGGAAUGUGGCAGACCUCCGAAUCGUGGUCCCCAUGCUGGCAUUAGCUGCACUACAGAUCAACAGAUGGCUUCCAUGCACCAUGUCAGUGCUCUGCUGGUCAAGCGUCAUCUUGUGUCUGUAAGGAAACUGGUUUGAAUAAAAAGUCUUGCUACCAGUUGUUGGAAACAGCAGAAAUAAAUUGUACAUCCACAAACACGCA